UUCUUGUCGGACAGCGCCGCGAUCAGUCAGUUUCUGUCAGUUUCAGUCAUUUCAGUCCGUUUUGUUGUCGUAUAUAAGUCACGUUUGUACACUAAGUUGUUUUUAAACCAAAUUUUUAGUGAAAUUUUUAUUUCCACAAGUGAUUUAUCUGAAAAUCGAGAUGCUACGGGAUACGCGGAACAUCUUCCACGCGAAACUUUGUGACAAAUAAGCUGGAGCGCAAGACCACUGUGUAAUCACGCUCGAGAUUGAGAUUAUAAAAUCUCUCUCUAUUAAAUGGUGAUUAUCGGUGCCAUGGAGAGAAGGAUAAAACUAAAAACCUUAAACAGUCACAUAACAUGCAAAAUAUGCCGUGGGUAUUUGAUAGAUGCUACCACUGUCACAGAAUGUUUACAUACAUUCUGCAAGAGUUGUUUGGUAAAGCAUCUAGAAGAGAAACAUACCUGUCCGACUUGUCAAAUUGUCAUACAUCAGUCACAUCCACUUCAGUACAUCAGCUUUGACAGAACUAUGCAAGAUAUCGUCUAUAAAUUAGUUCCCGAUCUUCAAGAAAAUGAAAUCAAAAGGGAAAGAGAAUUUUACAGAGCCAGAGGUUUAGCUUGUCCCAAAGAUAUAUUACCCAAUGCUGGCGAAGUCGAAGAAGACAGGGCUAAUGCGGAUGCGCAUGCAGAAUCGGAUUAUCAUCGUACCGAUGAACAGGUUAACGUAUGUUUGGAAUGUAUGAAUGCUAGUUUAAAGACCCUAAAAAGAAGAUUUAUCAGAUGUUCAGCCCAGGCUACAAUCACACAUAUGAAAAAGUUUAUCGCUAAAAAGGUUUUGAGCGGUAUGGAAAAAUAUAGAGAUAUCGAUAUUUUGUGCAAUAACGAGUUAUUAGGUAAGGAUCAUACAUUGAAGUUUGUUUAUGUGACAAGAUGGAGGUUCCGGGACCCACCUUUGAGGUUACAAUACAGAUCGCACAUAGAUAUGCAAGAUUAGUUUUUUUACAUUCAAAACAUACAAAAAAAGGAUGACGCAAAAUCUGCUCCUACACUUGUACAAUUUUCUAGUUAUAUUUCCAUCUUAACUAUCGUAAUAUUUAUUUCUACAUUUAUCUGCCAAGCAUUUGUGCCGAGUUUUAAUCAGACAAUUUAGAUUGUGCGCAGCAAAAUGAUAUAUCGAUUUUGAGAUAUAUUAUUUGAUAUCAAUAGUGGCAUUCCGUUAUAAAUAUCGGCACAUUGAGAAAUAUGAAUGCUAUUAUUAAUAAUCGAAGAUUGUUUUUAUCGUAUCGUCAAUCUUUAUUGUACCAAUUUACGAAUUACUUGUAGCUUAAAAUCUCCAUUUAUUCUUAGAGCGCAAAAUUCUUAACACGAUGUUUGACCAUGUUUAAGUGUGGCACAUAAAGGGAACAUUGUGACAUCUUAAGAGAAAAGAGAAUCCGUAUUUCUGAUAUGCGGUGAUACGCACAAAAGUCUUUUUGUAAAUAUUUAACUACCACCGUAUUGCGUAUUGGAUUCUGGGCCUUCAGUUUCGGCGAACAUGCCCGCAAUCUUUUCUCCUAAAAUGCAAAAAAAACUUUUUGCAUUUUACGACGAAAUAAAACCACAGAUCCUCAGAUCCUUUUAUGAAAACAUUUGUUUUCUAUGUACGCAUAUCCAUUUGUGCAUAUAGAAUAUUUUUGACAAUUUGAACACAUAACAUGUUGCGCAAGCUUUGUACUAGGUAAAAGAAAAAAUCGGGUCUGAAUAUUCGGACUUUUUUAACUUUGUAUGUUUAUGCGCCGUACAUAUUCUAAUUGCGUCUCGAGUUUCUCUCAACACCGAUUUGCGAUUGAAAGAAAAAAAGAGAGAAAGAAGUAAUAUUCGAUGGCAAUAUAUUUUUUAGAAAUUCGUCAUUGAUAACAUUGUGUUGAGCGGAAUGCGUGACGUUCAUCGCUUGUAGUAAAUAAUGUUGUUUCAUCCGACAUUGUAUUAACCUUUAGAAAUCGAGAAAUCGAGAUUUUUCAGCUCAAUUCAAUUAGCUAAGAUUGGUCUCAGUUUCUUUAGAUUUCUAGAAUAUCGCUUUGGCAUACGUUUGAAAAUUCAAAGUCUGGGAAGGCUGUCAAAAAUCUCGUCCGAUUUCUAAAGGUUGAAAAAAAAUAUGUGAUUGUAUAUAAAUAUUAGAGAAAAUCGCACAGUUUGCCGAGUAGCGGCAUCGCAAGAAUACUAGAGCUUGUACAUUGUACACUGUGUAUAUGUGCGCGUCUCUAAAUUAUUAAAUAAAUAUGUUUUGUACAGUAUUUCGGGAGCGGUAUACGUAUUGAUUAUAGCGUGUCGAUUCAUUGGAAAUUUAUAAAAAAAAAAGAUGUUUUGAUUGCGAAGAUGUAAUAUAAUACAGCAAAAUUAUGCGCA